CAUUCUGCAUCACUGGACGGUGGGGAUUAGCUGGUGGAUUUCAGGCAUGUUGUGGAAGUUGCUGAUGAGAUCCCAGCCUUGCAGGCUGUGUUCUUUCAGAAAGAUGCUAUCAGCUCCCAGAUACAGACCUUUUUUAGCUUGCUUCACCUAUACAACCAACAAUCAGCCUAACAAAGAAAAUCAAAGAACAGUGGAAAAGCUCCAUAAAUUUUCAGUUGACAUCAGGAAAAUACGCAGAUUAAAAGGAUGGGUCCUUUUGGAGGAUGAAACCUAUGUUGAAGAAAUUGCAAAUAUUUUACAGCAACUAGGUGCCAAUGAGACUGCGGUAGCCAGUAUUUUGGAACGCUGCCCAGAAGCCAUUGUCUGCAGUCCAACCGCUGUGAACUCCCAGAGAGAACUCUGGCAGUCCGUCUGCAAAAAUGAGGAAGAGUUAGUCAAGUUAAUAGAACAGUUUCCAGAAUCUUUCUUUACGGUUAAAGACCAGGAGAACCGGAAACUGAAUGUUCAGUUCUUUCAAGAGUUGGGACUCAAAAAUGUGGUCAUUAGCAGGUUUUUGACAACUGCACCUAGUAUUUUUCAUAAUCCUGUUGAGAAGAAUAAGCAAGUGAUAAGGAUUCUCCAGGAGAGUUAUCUAAAUUUAGGUAGCUCCGAGACCAACAUGAAAGUUUGGCUACUGAAGUUAUUAAGCCAAAACCCAUUUAUUUUGUUAAAUUCUUCUGCAGCUAUAAAGGAAACAUUGGAAUUUCUCCAGGAGCAAGGUUUCACAGACUCUGAAAUUCUCCAGCUUCUGUCCCAACUGAAAGGGUUUCUUUUUCAACUUGGCCUAAGAAGUAUACAGAACAGUAUUUCCUUCUCUAAAAAUGCUUUUAAAUGCACAGAUCAUGACCUGAAGCAGUUAGUUUUGAAAUGUCCUGCCCUUUUAUAUUAUUCCGUUCCCAUUUUGGAAGAGAGAAUUCAGGGAUUAUUGAAAGAAGGAAUUUCCAUAGCUCAGAUAAGAGAAACGCCCAUGGUUCUGGAAUUAACACCACAGAUAGUGCAGUACAGGAUAAGGAAACUGAAUUCCUUAGGCUACAGAGUAAAGGAUGGACAUCUAGCAAGUCUAAAUGGAACGAAAAAAGAGUUUGAGGCUAACUUUGGUAAAAUCCAGGCCAAAAAAGGAAGGCCAUUAUUUAACCCUGUUGCACCGUUACAUGUUGAUGAGUAACUCACUGGCUGAUGCUGCUUCCUUCUGGCAGUGCAGAGUGACACUGAGUAGCAAAGACACAGGAUUCAAGCUGUUUGCAGGCACCAGGAAUUUUACCUCUAAAUGAGGAAACUGAACCUUAGAGAGGCCACUCAGCUGCCAAGUGACAGCCCAGAUUUACUAUGAUCCAACUUCUUUUCAAACCUUGUGAAUAGAAAAAGGAUUGCUUAUGAGUUGGCAUGAAAAAAGUCACCCCUCCCUGACCUGCCAAAAGAGUGAGUACCAACAAAUUUAGGGAUUUUUAUGAAAACUUCUCUGUAAAAUGCCUUCAAUUUGAAAUGAUCUAAUUCAUAUACAUUUGAAGUACAUGGAGCAUUUUUAAGAACUUUCUGAAAAUUCAGGUCUGCCUAUAAAAGGGAAAGUGUGUGAUGGUUGGUACUUAGUAGCAUUUCACAUUUCUAUUUCUAAAUCUUGCCAAGAUAAACAUUACCCAGAUAAAGACUGGCCCACUUUCAGCUGUGGAGUUUGAACUUUGUAACAACCAAACAAUUGACUCUGAUAGUCAAACCUCUGUGCACUAUGUGUGAAUGGUCUUUUCUUCAGGAAAAUAUGAAAAAUGCAGGCCAUGUCUUCAGCAAAUGCAAGUAGCCUUCACUAUCCAAUUCUGUUAAGUUCCUUAGGAGAGGAAAGACAUCUACGCAGCACCAAGUGCCAGGCACACUGUGCUUUGCAACACUAGGAGUUCGGUACCAUUGUUUACUGGUCUACAGAUAAGACUCAGGCACACAGAGGGUUACUCACCCAAAGUCACGUCGGAAUGUUCAAGAAAAAGAAUGGCAGUACAGUGGGGGCAGGGUUGCAGGACAAGGAGAGUGGGGCAGGAUAAGAUGAGUAUUACACGUCCAUCUAAAGAGCAGAAUCUCAUUCUGAGUGUGAUGGGAAACCCUUGGAGAAACUAGAUGCUUGUUGUCCCACCAUAAUUAUCAGUGGUGCUUUGUCUGUUGUCUCAGUUUGAAAUACAUUGUAUAUUAUGUGGUCACCUUUUAGAUGUUAAUUUUUGAGAUGUCUACUAGAUAUCAGAGCAGAGAUGUCAAAGAUGCAAAUGCUAAAGUCCAGAAUUGUGAGAAGUUAGGACUGGAGAUAGAGAUCCAGGGGUCAUUUGCAUAUCUAUGAAAUGUAAAGCUAUGGCUCUCGAUGAGCUUAUCCAGAAACAAAGUGCAGAUUUGUAGCUCUAGCUGGCCAAUCCUGGAAAGGGUUGACCAGUGGAAGUCUGCCAAGAAAAGAGGGCAUGGUCAAUAAGAUUGAAUGCCAUGGACAUGCCAACUAAGAUACAGACAAGUGACUAAUAGAAUUGGCAAAUAGGAAAUCAUUAGUUGGCCCUAUCAGGAGUGAUUCUGGUGGACUGAGAAAGGUAAGAAAGCAACUGGAAUAGGUUGAAAGGCUAGAUGAAGAGGAAGAAACUGCAGUUGUUUUCAAGAAGUUUUUCUUUAAAGAAAGCAAAUACUAAGAUUUGUUUACUAGUACAUGCUGAUGGGUAUGACCCAAGAGAGCUGGAGAUGGAAAACUGUAGGUUUCAUAUCCUUGAGGAAGUGAAGGUGGGCAGACUUUGGAUGAGUGCACA